AUGCCUUCCCUGCACCACGGAGCAAUCUUCGUAGGAGCCUUCCUCAUUGUGACCGGGGGCUCCACAGCCUUCCUGGCCUCGCCCCAGAGCCGCCUGCAGGCUUUCUCCCUGUGCUGCGUGGUGCUGGGGGUGGUCAUGCUCAUCCUGGGACUACUUUGGGCUAUGAACAGCAAAAAGUGUCCACAUUAUCCAUUCAACGAUUAUCCCAACUUCGGCAGCCAUGCCCUCUUCUCACCCCCAGGGAGCCGCUUCCCAGAAUCCCAGUCGGUGUUUCUGCCCAGGUCGCGCCACAGACAGGGUGCUCGUGGUGAAGAAUUCGAUUACCCUCCCAUGGACCCUGUUGGUUUCAGCCCAUCGCCUCGCCCUCCUCUGUGGCAGGAGCCCCCGCCUCCCUAUGAGGUUGCCAUCAAGACCACAUGUAGCUCCACACACCUGCGACGUGCAUACUCAGACACACACCUGGCAACGGAGCCCCUGUUUGGACGGUCGAGAGAGAUCAGCUUUGAGGUGUGA